GAGACAAAGGAUCAAAGUUACCUUUCCCAAGUUGAUGAGUCUUAAAGGGUAAAAAUGCCAGUAGUUACUCCAAGAAAAAGGAAGCAUAGCUCUCCAAAAGAUGAUUGUCAGGACUAUACUCCCAUCAAUAUAGCAAUGUUAGGAACACUGACAAAGAAAAGAAUCCUUGAUUUUGAUGGAAUUUCCUGUCCAUCAAGAAUGUCAUCCCUGGAAGUAACAGACUCACCAAUGUUAAGAGGGUCACAAAGAGAUUCUGAUUCUGUUAAAGAAAAUCUUUGUGACAAUUGCGCUUCACCACAGAAGUUACCUAAUAAUAAAUGUCAAGAUGAUUCACAGAAUAGGGUUUCCAGGCUCUCUCUCAAUGGAAAGGGCUAUUUACAGAAACCUGCUGUACCUGCAACAUCUUUCUAUGGGACGGGGAGGCAUCUAUACCUCACACCUCUUGAGAGAAAAUUGGUUGGUGCAAACAAGCUUUCCAAGUGUGUCAUUGCAGAUGAACAACCCAAGAUGAAAAGUACAAAGUUACAAAUGAAAAAACAAAUCAAAACAAAAGUACAGUUGACAGUUGGCUCCAGUUCUAAACAUCCAUUGGAUUCAAAGGAAAUCAGAAUCACACAGAAAAGCAGAUCUAAUAGUACCGGGGAACUGAUGCGUCUGAAUGAAAAUGCAUAUUAUGGAUCUAUAAACAGGACACUUCUGUUUAAUUCAAAAGUAAAUGGUCAAAAAGUGCAGCAGAAGUCCAGAAUACAAACAGGUGCAGCUUUCUUUUCCACGGGCAGAAAAUCCCGGAUGUCAUUCACUAAGGAGUUGUCAGACAUCAAUGCCAAAUUACUUUCAUCAAAUGUUUGUGCCCAGCAUGAACAGGAUAGAAGAGACAUAAAGGAUGAUGCCAACAAAGCUAACAAAAAAGUUCUUCAUGAAGUUAAUCGUGAUAGUGGAACGUGUAAUGGGAUUAAAGAAAGCUCUUAUAAAAUGAAAACCAAAGCAGACGUGGGAAGAAAAGCUGAAAAGUGCGUGCACCCACCUUCUAACCUGUUCAAGGUUUUGCUUACAGGAGAGGUGAAAGUGAUGCUUCAGAGAAUUGAUGUGGCACAAUUUAAACACCCAACAUCAAUGACUAAGGAGAAGUCAUUUCAGCAGGGAGAUUUGGCAACAGAAUGGUUUGACCAGUUUCAAGAUUCAGAAUCUGAAAAGGAUAAAGAUGAAAUUUUGAAUGUUGAGCACCUUAAUACUAAUGAAGCAGGUCUGGAAUUUGAAGAUCGGAAUGAAUUUGAAGAUCGGAAUUCAUUUGAAGGAAAUAAUGACACACAUAAAGGUUUAUCGUCAGCUGAUGCUAUCUAUCCCAUUUUUCGUACUCCAACUGGCAGUAAAAGGCAUGAGCUAGUGAAAGAUGAGACUGUUUCUGUUGAUUGUAAUAAUCCUUUUCCUGCUGCUUCUGCGAUGUCCUGCCACGGAUCUCUACAGAAGAACAAAAAAAAGAAAGAUUUUGACAAAGUUUUCAGCGACCAGCUUAUAAUAGACGCUGGUCAGAAGCAUUUUGGAGCAGUCAUGUGCAGGUCCUGUGGAAUGAUUUAUACAGCAUCCAACCCUGAGGAUGAAGCACAACAUAUUCAAUAUCACCAAAGAUUCCUAGAAGGGCUCCGUUAUGUGGGGUGGAAGAAAGAGCGUGUGGUGGCAGAAUAUCUAGAUGGAAAAAUAAUAUUGAUUCUAGCAGAUGACCCCAAGUAUGCUCUUAAAAAGGUAGAGGAAGUGCGAGAAUUGGUUGAUAAUGAACUAGGAUUUCAGCAAGCUACAUUAAAUUACCCAGAACGAAGCAAAACCUACAUGUUUGUCUCUAACGAGAAGAGGAUUGUUGGCUGUCUUAUUGCAGAACCUAUCAAACAGGCCUUUCGGGUGCUAUCUGAACCUACUGAUCAGAAGAAUACAGAGAACCAACCAUUUGAUCAUUAUCGUGCCUGGAGAUGCUCUACCGUGCCAGAAGAGGCUAUUUGUGGCAUAAGCAGAAUCUGGGUCUUCACUUUGAUGCGGAGAAAACAAAUUGCCAGUAGAAUGGUGGACAUUGUUCGAAAUACAUUCAUGUAUGGAACUUGCCUGAAUAAAAAUGAGAUUGCCUUCUCUGAUCCAACACCAUCUGGCAAGCUUUUUGCAACUAAAUACUGCAAAACGCCAAAUUUCCUGGUUUAUAAUUUUAUUAGUUAA